CUUUGUUAUUAAAUGCGUGCGAUCAUAUCGAACAAGUGAUCCCGAGUACAAUAAAGCGAGUGUCACUUUCAUCGUACAUCUGUGACUGUCAGACAUGUCCGGCAAUUUAGCACUAAUUGUAGCGCUGUGUGGGUUGGCGGGUCUCUGCUCAGUGCCCUGCUCCACUGCGCAAGCACUCUCACAGUAUGACGCAUCAUCGUCUCUCGACAGCCAAAGCAACUGGGAUGCAUUAGGGGGUCUGUACGCGUUGCUGGCGCAACACGACGCGCUCGGCGGUCACGCGCUGGCCCGCAAGUCGGUUCGCUCGCCGUCCCGUCGCCUCCGAUUUGGCCGCCGCUCUGACCCUGAUAUGCCCCCUCAAGCUCCCUUGGAUGAAAUGGACGAGCUUCUCUCUCUGCGUGACGUUCGCACCCCGGUCCGCUUGCGUUUCGGCCGUCGAUCUGAUGAACGAGCUGUACCCCACAUCUUCCCUCAAGAGGAGCAAGAGCCGCGCGCCGUGCGAGCCCCGUCUAUGCGCCUUCGUUUUGGCAGACGUUCAGACAACAACAUGUUUUUGCUUCCAUUCGAGUCCGCCAUUCCCAAAGAGGUCAAAGCAAGUAGCUCAAUGGAAGACGACAGACAGCAAAAUUAAUUCGAUUACCAGCUGUAAACACCCCACAACCAUAUCUUUCCAAUCCGUAAAAAUAUAUCAAUAUCUUAUUAUUUAAGAGAAAAAUAAAUAUCUAAUCUUAAAAAAAUACAUUUAAGUGUCAAACUUUUUAUUCGUAUUUUAGAUGUUACUCAAUUAAUCUUAAGCUUGAUAUGUACAUAAUAAUCAUUUAGUACCUUUGUUGUUGUCCAUGAUAUUGCCUAUAGGAAUUAUUUCUGUUUGUUUUUUUUCUGUUCAUUAUGUACUAGGUUUUUAUGUAGUUAGAAUUCUGCGUGUCACUCGUACUCUUUAAAAGACUGUUUAUUAUUUAUUAACAGUGAAGUACUUUACAUUUAUAGAGCUGGGCAAAUGUAAAGUUACUACACUGAAAC